AUGGCCGACGGCUCACUGAGGAAGGAAGCACGCCUCUUCGAAGAUCUCAUGUUGCUGGCAGGCGGCAAGGGCCGCUGGGAACCGUGCCGCCGCUGGCUGUACGACUCCAACUACACCGGCUCCUCGGUGGUCACCCAGUGGGACCUGGUGUGCGAGCGGCGUCCGCUGCUCUCCAUGGGCCAGUCCAUUCUCCAAUUUGGAGGAGUGGUUGGCGCGAUGCUGGCCGGGUUUUUCAGCGACAGGUUUGGCAGGAAAAUUGUUCAACACACCAUGAUCUCAAUGUUCGUAUCAGGAUCGUUCCUCUCGGCUGUUAGUAGCCGAUACGAACUGUUCCUGCUGUCACGAUUCAUCACGGGUAUCGGCAUGACGGGCAGCAUCAGCUGCUGUGUCGUGCUAGUCAUGGAGCUGAUCGCCCUCGAGUGGCGGGUGUGGGCCGGCCAGCUGCUGACGCUGCCGCUGCCGCUGGGCGAGAUGCUGCUCGCGGCAGCAGCGUACAAGUUAUGCGUCUGGUGGCACCUGCAGCUCGCCCUGUCGGCUCCUAUGCUCAUCUUCGUCCUCAGCUUCUGGCUGGUGCCCGAGUCGCCACGCUGGCUGUUUGUGCAGGGCCGUGACACGGAGCUGCUGCGAGUCCUGGCAGCCAUCGCGCGUGUCAACGGCCGCCAGCUUCCCGAAGAGAGUCAGAUGAUGAAAAUGCUGGAGGAUGUUCGUCACUGUGAGAUGGGCGUUCAGAAGACCGCUUCUGAAACAUCGCAGCUCUGGCGCUCUCCUCUUCUUCGCAGGUGGAUUCUGGCCACCUGUUUCUGCUGGGCGGGCUUUAACGCUGCCUACUACGGCUUGUCGUUCGGCAUGACCCAGCUGAGCGAGAGCCGAUUCGUGUCCGGCGUGCUGUCAGGCCUGGUGGCGGUUCCCGGCUCCUUCCUGUCCCCGCUGAUUGACCGGCUCGGUCGCCGUCCGGUCACCUCCGUCUUGUUCCUCCUCACUGGCGUGUUCAUGAUGCUCGUCCUUAUCAACGACGACGCUACUCUGAUGCUGGUGCUGGGCCUUGCCGGUAAGCUGUUCAUCUCUGGGGUCCAGAGUGUGUUGUGUUUCUACACACCGGAGUAUAUCCCCACCUCUGUCCGUGCCGUCGGCUAUGGACUCGCGGACCUCAGCGCGCGGUUCGGGGCGAUGGUGGCCCCGUUUGUGGUUGACCUGAUCGGGGAUCUGCACGACAAGGCGCCGUCGCUGACGUUCGGCGCGUGGAGCCUGCUGGCCGGCCUGGCGUCGCUGCUGCUUCCCGAGACCACGGGCCGGCCGCUGCCGGAGACGGUAGCCCAGCUGGAGGCGGGCAUCUUGGACCGGCCCCAGGGCGACAGCGAUACAACCGAGCCAGACGCCAAGGACGGCGGCCGUGCCACCGGAACAGCGCCGGAUGUUCUGCGUGAUGCGACUUCAACUAAGGAGGAAGGGACAGCUGCUAGCAUAGAAAUAACCAAAUUGGUGAUGCGGCUGCUGCUGGUGCUGGUGCCGCUGCUGCUGGCUGGCCGGUGCGCCGGCGGGCCGCUGGUGCUGCCCUCCGGCGGCGUGUCGCCGUCCCGCCAGGUGGCGCCUAGCCAGGGCAUCCUGGGCGAGCUGCAGCAGCUGUUCAGGGAGGCGGCCGCCGGCCAGCAGCAGGCAGAGUACGGCGACGCCCGCGAGGAGCUUGAGCAGAUGGUGGCCAGCCUGGACCAGCUGGCGGCCGUGGUGCCGCUCGGCCAGCAGGACGCGCCCGGCAGUGAGUCGGUGACGGUGUCCACCACCACAGAGGAGCCGGCCAACGUGCCCAUCAUCGACCCAGGUCUGUUUGUGAUCCAGGGUGUGAAGACGUGCGGUGACGGCGCCGGCUACUGCAUGCUGGGCGCCAACUGUUCGGCCGACUCCGACUUCAGCGCCGACCCGUCGGGCCACUGCGUCGGCCUGCGCACCGCCUUCUCGCCGCCGGCCGACUUCUCGUGCUGUCAGUUCGAGGCGGCGCGCCGGCGCACGGCCACGCCGCGGCCCACGCCCACCACCACCGAGGGCACCACCUUCGACGACGGCUUGGUCGACUCCAUCGUCAACUUCGGCAACGACGUGCCCGAGCGGCCGAGCGACGACAGCAGCCAGAUCGUCGACAUCGUGGCCAUCAUCACCGACAGCACGGGUAUCGUGGACAUCGUGACUCGGCCGUACACGGGCCCCUGGCCGCCGGUGGACAGUGACGACGCCGAGGGCGUCACGCUGCCGUUCGCCAAGCCCGGCGAGACGUUCGAGCCCGGCUCGCUGGUCGGUCUGGGCCAGAACGUCAACCUGGGCACGACGCCGGCGGACACGUUCCAGGCGGGCGACCUGCCGCCAGAGGAGGAGCUGCAGGCGGCGGCCGGGGUGACGGCGGCGCCCGGCGCAGAGCCCAUCCUCACCACGGCGGCCACCACGCCGGCCACGCCGGCCGGCAGCACGCCGAGCACGGCCGAGAGCACGGCCGCCGAGCCGCCGCCGGCCGACGGCGACCCGCUGGGCCCGCUGUCGGCCGUGCCCGUCAUGGAUCAGAGCCAGGACUACAUUGGGGACGUGGACUACGACCAGCACCUGAUGCCGGCGCUGAUGCCCAUCCGGCCGGGCACCAAGGCCGGCGGUGUGCAGGCCAACGUGGAGGGCAGCGGCGCCGCGGAGGACGGCCCGGCGGCGGACGGAGACGCGGCGGGAGAGGUGUUCAGGGUGGGCAUUGAGAGCGAUGCUGCUGAUGACCUGCUGGAGCUGGCUCAGGACCUCACCGAGGGCUCUGGAGUGGCCAUUCUGAGGGACGAUGAGGGGGACCACCAGGAGCAGCAGUCGGCUCCGACCGAGGAUAAGGAGCAGGCUAAACAGGAGCUGGAGAAGUCUGAGCUGCAGUCGGAGUCGAAUCAGGUGUCUGUGUCGGAGUCUGUGUCGGAGUCUGUGUCGGAGUCUGUGUCGGAGUCUGGACACCAGAAGCCGGCGAGGCCAGCGCCAGUGUCCGGGGUGGUGUUCCAGAGACCACCAGUCUCCGGAGGGCCCAAGGGCUCCCACGGCAGCCUGUCGACCUCCAUAGGCCAGCCCAGCUGCGGCGUCAUGGGCUCCUCGCUGGCCACCCUGCUCGCCAGAAACCGAUUCCGCCCGCGCAUUGACGACAGUCCGGAGGGCGGCGAGGUAACCAGCGCCGUGGUCUGGUGCUGGAUGGCGGCCAUCAUGCGGAAGACGCGCGACCCGGAGAACCCGUACAGCUUCGUGUGCUCUGGCACGCUGGUGGAGCGGGACCUGGUGGUGACCACCGCCAGCUGCGCCUCUAGGCUGUUCCAGGAGCCGCUGCGUGACUUUGUCGUGCUGCUCGGAGCCUCCAAUCUGCGCGUCAACCUCGAGUUUGGCGUGCAGCACAUGGAACUGGAUGAGAUCAUCGUUCAUGAGGAUUACCAGAUCAACAGUCACGUGCACGCCAACAACAUCGGCCUUCUGAAGCUGUCCCGGCCGGCGCUGCUGGAGCGCACCGUCUGCCUGCUCUGUCUGCCGCCGGAGAAUAUGGAGCUGACCGGUCGGCAGAGCUGCGCCGUCACCGGAUACGGCCUGGCCGACUCGCGGGACGCAGCGACGACUCAGCAGCAGGCUGCGGCGCCGGAGCUGGCCGGCGUGCUCCGGCAGACCCACGUCCCGGUCAUGGGCGGAGAGCAGUGCCGCGCCAGUGGCGCCAUGCAGCGGCUGGCCAGCGCACUACCGGGCCUGGACGAGCGCAGCUUCCUCUGCGCCGGGGGACGACGGUUCGCGGACGCCUGUCACAUCUCCCGGGACGGCAGCAGUCCUCUGGCGUGCAUGGCGGCGGAGAACGGCCGCUACUACCUGUACGGCCACAUCGCCCGGGACGCCGAGUGCGGCGACACGUCCCAGCCGCACGUCUACACCAACGUGGCCAGUCUGUUCGGCUGGAUCAGGGACAACUACGGACGCCUGGCCAGGAAGGCGGCCGCGCCGGCCCGGUGAAGGACGCGCGGGGCCGAGAGGGGUCGGGGCGAGCGGGGUAGGACUGGUGAACAUGGUCCGUUUACCGCAUAGACGCGUCACCUUUCGCCCAUACAUAGAACAAGACUCAAUGAUAUUUUUAGAGGCAUUUUUCUAUGCAAUUUUACGUUUGCUUCUUGUGUGACUUUGAAGGUUUCACAUCCCUGUGCCGUCCUGUUAUGAUCUGAGCAGAAAACGAUUAGUGUGCCGCCCAUGUCUGUCUGCGUAAGGAUAUAACAGGUUAUAAUAAGCAGCCUGUCGUCGAUAGUUACGGUGAAAGUUUCAAAUUUGAGCUGUUUUGUACGAAGUGGAUACUUCCAGGCACCCGGGGACAUAGCAGCGCAGUUAAUGGCGAAUCGUUAUCCCCCUCUAUUGAUUUUGUGUUCCGUGGGCUUCCAUUGCAGCUGGCAGGCAGACGACGCAGUGCUGUCGUUUAUUUUUGAGCCACCCGACGGUGGCGGUAUCCGGAGGGCAUUGGGUCCGUAAGCGCCCGUAUAUCUGCCAAAGAUAUAUCAUCGAUUUGUGGAGCGCGCCGCCAGUGUUGACUGUAUGUCUGUGCUAGAAAUAGAUGUUGACUAUAUUA